ACAGCUGUUGUGGCCAAGAUGGCGCAUAACCUGGCGAAGUUGGACGUUCCCCUGGACGCUGACCGAGCCGGGGACCCAGAGAAAGGUGUUUUGAGGCGCUGCAGGGGACGACCCAGGCUCACGGACACCGACCGAGUACAGAGGCGACUUGAAUCCCGGAAGAAGUACGACGUGAGGAGGGUGUACCUGGGAGAGUCGCACAAGCUGUGGAGUGAGCUCCGCAGGAGGACCAGCCUGAGUGAUGCUGGGCUGGCAGAGUACCUGAUCCUGCUCAACUCCACCUAUGGAGAGAAGUACCAGCAGAAGUACUGCGGGAAGAAGAUUGCUCCAGAAGUCUCAGUGAAACAGAAAAAAGGCAGGAAGGAGCGUGUGUCCAGCCUCCAGAGCCUGGUGUGUUGGUACCAGGAGCAUUCCCGCUCCUGCCCUCACGAGCCCCAGCUCAGAGCCCUGGAGCCGCAGCCCAACUUCUCCACUGCUGCUAUCUGGCAGUGUGACUCUGAUCACUCAUUUGUGCAAUACCUUUUCUCACCACUGAAGGAGACGAGUGACUCUGAACAUGAGGAAGGAGUGAACGGAGAGGGCGAUGAACAGAGUGCAGGGAAGACAGACGUGGCUGUGACAAAAGGUGCAGUGAGCAGGAAGAGAAGAAAGGAGGCUCACAAACAGUUCAAAGAUGUGGGAGAAAAUGUGGAUGUUUCUGAGGUACAGCAUACAAUCGUGAGUCCGAUAGAACAUGCUGUAACUGUCGACCACCAGCCCAGUGUAGAGACCUCCAAGGAUGCUGCACUGACAGGACAGCCUGUGUGGGAGAUGGAGAUGGUCAUGGAGCGACAGCAAGGCUCCCCCGCUGCAGCAUUUCACUCCAUCCCCUCAGAGGAGGAGGCUGAGGACCUGCGGCAAGGCAGAGACGGCGAAGGAGACAGAGAAGAAGAGAUCAGGACUAUACCACAUGGAUACGAGUGUGUUACAGUGACAGCAUCAUUAACUGAUAAACUGGAGAAGACGGAUGAGGACUCGGUGCUGUCGCAGAGCUUGAGCCACUCAGUCGGACUGGGAGCUCAGCCGGAGCUGUCGGUCCCACCGCCCAUGCAGGUGCAAGAGCAGAGCGAGCUGUUUGACCCGCAGACUCUGCAGACGGUGGUGACCAGCUGUGAGAUUCCUGACCAGAGGACCGCUUUGGAAGGCUCACAGUUAAUCAUCAUAACUGGCCCCAGCUAUGAGGCCCUGGCAUCAGAAGGCAUCCAGCUCAACAUGGGCGGUGGAAACGUUGAGGAAGUCACCUGCACUGUCAUCGGGGGUGUCACCUACAACCAGGUUUGCACGUCUGACUCAAAACUCAGAACAGCGGAGGAUGAAGACUCCAUGACAGGUUUGAGCGACAAGCAGCUGCUGCAGCCCGCUGUUGAUGCUUUGGAGCUGAGUAGUGACAGAGAGCUGCAGCGAGGUCUCAGCAGCGUCAGGUCAAAGAGGAACCGGCGAGGCCCAGUCAUCGAGGCAGACGGGAUGCUCAAGAUGUUCCACUGUCCCUACGAGGGCUGCAGUCAAGUCUAUGUCGCCAUCAGCAGCUUCCAGAAUCACGUCAACCUGGUUCACAGGAAAGGGAGGACGAAGGUUUGCCCCCAUCCAGGCUGCGGGAAAAAGUUCUACCUGUCGAACCACCUGCAUCGCCAUAUGAUCAUUCAUUCAGGGGUCAGAGAUUUCAUCUGUGAGACGUGCGGGAAAUCAUUUAAGCGUAAGAAUCACCUGGAGGUUCACAGGCGAACGCACACGGGAGAAACUCCACUGCAAUGUGAAAUCUGUGGCUACCAGUGUCGCCAGCGUGCGUCCCUGAACUGGCACAUGAAGAAGCACACUCCGGAGGCCCACUACAACUUCACCUGUGAGUUCUGUGAGAAGAGGUUCGAGAAGCUGGACAGUGUUAAAUUCCACAAGCUAAAGAGCCACCCGGACAAACAGGCAACCUGAGGCGCUCAGACACCAGGUGAUUGGAGUUUAACACGCACAGGUCGGCCCUCAGAAACCAGAGGAAGACUUCCAGUGAAGAGACUGACUUUCCUUUGCUGCGUUUGUCUGACCUCACGUCCAGGAUGGUGUGAGCGUCACCUGUGAGCACACAAGCAGUGGAUGCAGCGGGCCGGUCUAACAGCUGUGCAGGACACAGGCUGUUUCAGAGUUCAGGGCCCAAACAUGGGGUUUGAACGUAUUCGGUAGAGUCAGGAAAAAAGCUUGAUUAACAGUUUAUUAAAAAUGGUUAAUUGACUGUUUGCUAAAGCCCCCACCCCAAACAGUUUGUAGCUUAACUACCAUAACUAUGCACAGCAGAGGUGGGCAUGGCUGCAGCUAGAGAGAUAUAUGAAGUAUAUAAGGAUUCUGACUGAUUUACAAAAUCACCAGAGCAAAAGUGUGAAAGGAAUGGAUCAAACUGAGUGUUUAUCGGCUCUAACGUAAGCUGCAAACAUUAGCAUGGCCAACUGGCUUACUCCCCACAACACUAACUCGUCAUUACUUCCUUUAAAAGUAAAAUCCACUCAUUGAAAAUGCAAAUACAAUUAAAGCAUAAAUCUAACCACUGUCUUGCUCGUCUGAGAGUGUUAGCUAAGUUGCUAAUGUUAAAGGUAGAGUUAGUAAUAUUUUGGUGGUUUGAGUUGAAGGUGUGAGAAAGAAUAGUAUCAGUAACAUUGUUAACACUGUGCUACAUUACAGAGAAAUACAAACUGUACUAAUGAACCUUCAUUAAUAUAGGCCUGUAUUUUAUCUCCAAGUGCACGUCACACACUGAGCGAGCCGCCUGUUAAUGACGCUGUGGGCUAAUGGGCAUGUAGCUACUUCCAUGUUUCAGAUGAUACGUCAUGUUUGUAGUCGACCAAUGAAGAUGAGUUUACAUAUCACCUUGGGUUCGUCCUUCACCUUCUCAAAAUGAUCCCACACUUUGGAUUUCCUGCCCGACAUGUUAUUAACUAGCCUGUGGAAUAACCGCAGGUACCAGCCCUGGAGAUUAACCUGACGAGGACACUUCCUGUGUCUGUCCUUUCAAAGUAAAGUCACAUAUGGUCCAGUCAUAUAGGUUUGGAUUUAUUUUGACAAGGCGCAGCUCCUAAUAGAGUUUCACUUUUUUUUUCUGCAACUAAACGACCACUGAAAUCUUUCCAAUUAAUGACCUUUCUGGUCGACUAACGUUCGGUCGACCAUUAGGGGGCAGCACUAGUUUGUAGCCUUAUUGAUGUUGUACUCUUGGGGGCAAGACAGUUUUCUUAAGACAUUGAUAUCUCCACAGUGAGUAAACCAAUUUUUACCAUUCAAUCUGUAUUUCAAACAUCCAUAUCCCUUAAUUCUUUUGCUAUUUGUGAAGCUGGCCCUCGACAGUAUCUGACAAUGUUGGUUUAAAGAGCCUAUUACUGGCUCAGUUUCAGACAUUAAAAAGUCACCCUGAGACGGCAUUUUCAACCAACUCAUGAUACUAACGUUAGCUUUGUUAGCUAUAACAAAUGAUCAUUUUCAGCAGCGGCUGUUAUAUCAGCCAGCAAGGCUGACUGUCAUCAGCUGAAGAUAAAAAGCUGCUUUUGUCCACUUCUGUCUGAAACAAACAAACCGUUAUUUCCAAAAGAAUUUCAAGUGAGCAGGGGCUUAGCAAACGGUCAAUGAAAGGUCCAGUGUGUAGGAUUUAGGGGGAUAUAUUGGCAGAAAUGGACAAUAUCAUAAUUAGUAUGUUUUCUUUAGUGUAUUAUCACAUUAAAGUAAGAAACAUUGUGUUUGUGUUACCUUAGAAUGAGCCGGUAAUCUACACAGAGCUGCUCCUCCGCCAGAACAGACAAACCAAACACUGGCUCCAGAUAGGUCCAUUCACAUUUUUUAAAUCACCUGGUCGGUCUGUUUUGGAGAAGAAGAGACCUCUGUGGAUAAUUCUGCUCCCAGUGAAAACCUCCUCAACAAUGAACACUGAAGGAAUUCUAACCAGGAGAAGUUUGAGCUGGUUGCAAUCUGCACUCCUCACUGCUAGACACCACUAUAAUUCCCCUAAAUCUCACACACUGCUCCUUUAAGAUAGAAACAUAGGACAUAUUUUCCAUUAAAGGAAUUGUUUGUCGGCCUACAGGACACUGUCUGCAGUGAUUUAAAGGGCAAAUAAUUUUUAAUAACUGGAUUAAAACACUGGUAUGGACUGUUAAGGGUGUACUAUGCAGGACUCAUACACAAGUAAUCCCUCUCAUUCAUUACUUAUGAUCAGUGAGAAGUGUGUGCUGGUGUAUUUAUUUGCAGAGAUUCUGCCCUCUGCCUGUAUUUUAUUAUUUCCAUCAUAUUUUGCUGUGUUUGGGACGUUUGAUGGCACAGUGUGCAGGUGAGGUCAGGACUUCAUAAAAAGGUAGACACAAGGUGCCAGACUGUAAGCAGCACACAUCCAAGAUGAAGCUACAAAAAUUGACCCUUCGCUAAGUCCCGCCCCUGGAUGCAGACUGGUCAAUCAUAGCAGAGCAUCGAGCCGGCUCAGACCAGGGUCCGACAACAACACAGCUGUGCUGCAUUGUGUCACAUUUCCUUCAUUUUCAGGCUGGUGUUGUGGAUUUGGAGCUAAAUGUUGUGCCAUGUUUACUCUGACAGCAUGUUGGACCAUGACAAAGCGGCGGGGCUUAGCGAAGGGUCAGUUGCACACACAGUGCCAAAAAAUGCAAAUAUAGAGAGGCGACAUGCAAAGCAGACAAAGCACAUUACAAAAUGAGAGUGAAUCUGCAGUUGGUAAUACUGUUCACAAACAGUAACAGUUCCUGCAUGGUAUACCUUUAAAGUAUGAUUUUAAAUAUGAUGGCUCAGUCUAUUAAUACACCAAGAACGUUUCUUGAUGACACACCAGUUAGUGGGUAAAUAGUAACUAUAUAUGUGUAUUAGAUAUACUUGAAUUUAAGGCUGUGACAUCAUUGAGGUUUGAGCGUUGUGUUUUUGCACCGCACCGCUCAGACGGACACAAAUGUGGGUUCAUCCAUUUCAGUCAUUGAGCACUGAGCAUCUGUUGUGUGGGCCAGGACAGCAGUCUUUAUCUUACAUUAUCUGUUUUCACCAUCCCAGUGUCCUGACUCACAGGCUCUGAUGAGAAACCCUGUGAGUUUAAUGUGACAGUUUCUCAGGAAGAAUUCACCUCAGUCCUCUUGUUCCCUCCUCGUGUUCCGUCUGUGUUUAGUUUCGAAGAAAAUGCACUUUUUGUCUCUUAUGUUGGUUUUGUUAACCGAUGACGAAUCACUAAAAUAUGUGAAUAUGACGUGUUUGUGUUUUGUGUUUUUUUUUCUGAAAGACAUUUGUUUGACACACAUGGUUAAUAACAUGCAGCAUGUUCUUACCUCUUGCAUAACGCACUCAAGGGUGUGUGUUUGUGACAAAGUGUGGGUGUGCAUAAAUAGUAAGAAAAGGCAUGAAAAGCAUAAGUGUUAAUGACACCUCGUCAUAGAAUGACACAUACUGGACCCUUUCAGUCAGCUGAACGUUGGACAUGCAAAUGGUUUCUGGAUGUUUGUGUUGAUAAGAGGUUUAGCACGGGGGGACAAGUUUAGUCGUAA